CUCCGGAAGACCAGGCACUGGUGAGGAGGAGAGCAACACGUUGCGCACUUUUCAGAAGUCUUCCACGUUUUCAGUUGCUCUGCAUGCACACUCAGGGCUUUUUUUUUCUGGCUGCAGUGGGAUCUUAAUUUAUGAUUCUGAAGUUGUGCAAGCAAGAUAUUGAUCCUGGGCUACAGUAAAACAGCAAUUCUACAAGAGGACAGCGAGAUCUGAGCCUAAAGCUCAACACAGCUAUCAGUUUUAUGCUUCUGUUAUACAGGACCACAAUGCCAAGGUAUUUCACCGUGGUGGUGGUGUCUUUUGGCAUACUGCCGCCCCUUCUGCUGGCUGCAGGAGCAUUUGAGUGCUCAGAGAAGGAAGCAUUGCUGAAACAGAUCCCGAACACAGUGACACAAAUAACAGACUGUGUGAUUGAGUGCACUGGGAUGACGUACAUCAAAAAACUGCAACUUCAGGACAACCGUAAUAUAAGACUGCAAGAUUCCACGGAAGGAGACCUUGGGGAAUAUUGCUGGCCUAUGGAGCUCAAGUGCACCAUUGGAGAGAGCUUUCAGCAUGCAUACGUGGUGAUUCCUGUGGAUAUAUCUGCAGCUGGACAUGAGAUGCUGGAGGUCAAAUCCACAGGCCCCACUGCCACCACACUGCAGGCACAUAACAGUCCCACCACAGUCGCUGACAGCUGUGGGCUCCGUUACGACGUCACACAGCACAUCAGCACAGAGAAUGCAGGGACGUCUUUCUGUGUACAAGUCGUCGCCCGGGAAGAUGUCCUGGGGGACAAAAUCCUUAAAUGUCCCCCCUUUCUGGUCACCUUCUGGGAGAGAAAUCGAAAUCAGUCCAACCAACAAGGCGGUGGAUAAAAUCUCAGUGAUGGAAUGAGUCGUCAGAUCUUUUACUUAAGUAAAAGUACUAAUACUACACUGUAAAAAUACUCUGUCGCAAGUAAUAGUUCUGCAUUGAAAAUAAUACUUUAGGAAGAGUAAGUAUGUAUAAUCAGGAAAAUGGAUCUAUAGUAAAAAUACUCAAUGCAAAAAAAUGCCCCAUGUGACUGUUAUAUAUGACAUUAGAUUAUUACCCAUGCAGUACAAUCCUUUUAUUUACUUUUGUGGCUGACUGAGCUGGAGUUAAUGUUUAGCUGUUUUGUAUGGCACUGCAACUGAUGAUUAUUUUCAUUAUGGAUUAAUCUGCUGAAUAUUUCUACAUUAAUUGAUCGUUUGGACUGUAAAACUGAAAUGCUUUCACGCUCAUUUUGUCCAAACCACAGUCCAAAUCCUCCAAACUCUACAGAUGAUUCAAAGGGAAAGCAGCAAAAUUCUCACAUUUCAGAAGAUGGAGCCAUGAAAUGUUGAUGAAAUUACUUACUUACUUCAGCUCUAUGUGUAUGCACUGUUGGAUAGUUUAAUCUAUGAAAAUACAUUAUAUUGUAUAAGCUCUUCAUGUGUUUUUGUAUGCAAACAUUUGUAAAGUAACCAGUAAACAUUCAGAUAAAUGUAGUGGAGUGCAGUGUAGAAGUAUAAAGUAGCAAAAAUGGAAAUGCUCAAAUAAAGUAUAACACUUAGUAUUUAGUUACAUUCCAUCUGCUCAAUCAAUAAGGAUCACUGAUGAAUCACAAAACUGACUUGUAGUGAGGUUGAUUUUACAAGCUUAAAACCUCACCUGAAUGUGUAAGUCUUGUCUGUAUUAUAACCAUAAUACAUGAAAUAACAUAACAAUAACCACAGGCUUACACAUCUUGUUUUUGCAUAUCAUUUCUGUUCCAGAUUUUCUUUUUUAGUUUCUUCUGUGUGACAGAUCACAGUUGACAAACACACACACAUUUAAGUACAUUUGUGCACAUUUAGGCCACAGAUUUCAUUGCCAAACUAAAUGCUUUAGUGGAGUCUCUGCACUCAUUAUGCAAAUUUCCACUCAUUAACUACUUACAGUAUAUUCUGAGCAUUAAUUUCUCAUUAGAUGAUUUUCUGUUUUCCAAGGAUAUUUUAGAAGAAUAAAUGAUAAUCUGCCUUGAGGCUUACUUAAUGAGACUUUGCACGUUUAGUUUCAUUGUUUUAGUUGUGAAGGUAUUGGAUGGCAUUUAAGCACAGAAACAGAUCACUUCACAUGCAUGAAUCCAGCUUUGUCAAGCAGUGAGAGAACCAGAAAAUUAGCUUCAUCAGAGCUCUGCUGGAUCUAUUCAGAGGCAACCAGUGAUGGAAAAGUUCUCAGUUAAAUAAAGAAUGUAAAUAUGAGAUGUUAAUGGUCGUAAGUGUUUAUGGCAACAUUAAAUCAUUUUAUUUUC